AUGUCGUGGGCGAUCCCCGCCGCCGGUUCCGCCGGCCUCCGCCACGGGCGGUGCCCGGUGGUCCGUUCGUCGGGGAUGGCCCCCAAGGGCGUUCUAGACCUGACGUUUCUGUGUACCGACGACCGUUUCCGGGGCCGCGGUGCCGGGACGGCACUGAUGCGUGCCGUCACGAAAGAAGCGAAGGGCAAGGGGCUUCAGGUGUUCUUGGAGAGCACGAUGGACGCCGUACCGUUCUACGAGAAGCUGGGCUUCGUCAAAGUCGGGGGGUUUCGGAUGAGCAUACCUGCACAGGUCGAGGCUGGAGGAGUCUACGAGGAGGUUUGUAUGCUCUUGGAAUAG